UAAACAUAAUAAAAAUGUGUUGAAACAUUUUCAGUUGGAUUACAAUGAUUGUUAUGUAUUUGUUAUCCCUUAAAGUCUAGAUAUCGGAACUUGUUUAUUGUUUGCUUUGAACUCAAUCGCAGGAUUGUUUAUCAAAGCUACACGAAAUAAUAACACGGUAUUAUAUUGAGAUGUGUCUAUUUAAAAAGUCAGGCAAUAACAACUUAGUCUAGGUAAAGUAAAAUCGUUAGCGAAAUCAUCCAGUUCGUAAUUUUGUUGGAAGAUGAAUUUUUUAACCGGAGGAAACGAUCGACUUAUUCAAAAUGAUAUGUUAUUAUGCACUGCACCAAAUCCUGCGUCCCUUGAACAGUCACGACGUGUUCGAACAGGGACCAGUAUGAUAGGAACAACUGUGUUAAUUAUUAAUACUACUUUAGGAGCCGGCCUAUUAAAUUUUCCACAAGCAUUCGAUAGAUCUGGUGGUAUAGCUGCUUCUAUUAUCUUGCAAUGUUUCCUACUUGUUUUUAUUACGGCUACUCUUGUGAUUUUGGCAAAAUGUAGCGAUAUCACUGAUACCGCUACCAUGCAGAACAUGUUUGCAGAAUUUUGUGGCCAUAGAUCGCUAAUUUUAUGCGCUUUGUGCGUUGCAAUAUAUAGUUUUGGAUGUUGUUUAACAUUUAUAAUUAUUAUUGGCGACCAAUUCGACAGAGUUCUAGUGACAUAUUAUGGAAUUGAUUAUUGUCAUACGUGGUACUUAUCCAGACCAUUUGUCACAGCUGUCGCAAGCACUAUAUUCAUGUUGCCGUUGUGUUUUUUUAAGAAAUUGGAUGUUUUAAGUUAUGCCAGUUCCAUUGGUUUUAUAACUAUUCUGUACGUAAUACUCUUGAUUAUUUAUAAUAGCAUCUUAAAAAUUGAUCCCAUUCUACAUCCUAUGAAAAUGUGGCCAGACAAUAUUUAUGAAGCACUUCAAAUAAUUCCAAUAACAUGCUUCGCAUAUCAGACUCACAUGGCAGCGAUACCAAUGUAUGCUUGUAUGAAAGAUCGACAACUUGGAAAAUUCACGAUAUGCGUUAUAACAAGUAUGAUUAUUUGUUGCGUUGCUUACACGGUUGUUGGCAUCUAUGGAUACGCAGCAUUUGGUGCUGGAAAUGUGCCUAGCGAUAUACUUCAGGGAUAUACGGAUAAGAGCUUGUUGCUAACUUUUGCAAUAAUAUUCAUUGCAGUGAAAAACUUUACUACAUAUCCCAUUGUUCUAUACUGCGGUCGCGAUGCACUUUUGAACCUUCUAGGAAUGGAUGUUAACGUAACUGUUAAAUUUCGCGUUUUCAUUACAUUAAUUUGGUAUAUACUAUCUUUGAUAAUUGCAAUAUUGGUGCCGGACAUUUCUUCAGUUAUCAAUAUACUAGGAGUCUUGUCAGCGGCAUUUAUAUACAUUUUCCCAGGCAUUUGUCUGUUUCGCAGUACUCUUUUGAAAGAUUCCGAAUUGCAUCUGAACAAAGACCGGCUCUUGAUCGUUUUUGCAAUUUUUCUAGUCGCGCUUGGCGCAUUCGUGUCCGGUGUUGUUCUUGUGGAAACCGUUGAAGAUAUAACUCGAAUACCACAAGAACCACCUUUGGUAACUGGUUUUAGAUCUCUUAAACAAAGCUUAUGCGUUUAGCAGCUCAAAAUUGAUAUUAUUUUGUAAAGCUAUCAAUGGAAUAGCCAAUCUGAUAUUUGCUCAAUGCGAUGGAAGAUAUUAAAUAGUCUUACGUAUCGGACAAGUACUUUAAUAGAUCGUAACAUUGGAUAAUUUUAAUCGGAGUAUCAAAGUAAAGAAAAUCGGAGAAGACUGAUAUUCAUAAAAUACAUAUAAUGCAACACUCACUGCCUUACUAUGUUGGAAAAUUUUUAAGAACAUAUUAAGCGUUUAUUUUUUUACAGUACCUGUGUACUCAGAAAUUGAAAAUGUUAAACGAAUAGAACACAGAAUCGUGUACAUAAUAAUACAGUAUACAAAGUUUUA